AUGCUCUUCAAACCACGUGGAGUGACGAGUAAUGAUCCCAAGUAUGCUGGAAACUCCCGCAUUAUGGCAAUUGCAGAUAUUCUUGCGUACAGAGAUACAUGGAGUGAACGCUUAACGGAUGAUUUCUCACUAGGGCGUAUUAUACAAGCCGCACGACAAGCCAAAGUCAAAGCCGUCGUUCCAGAGAAACUUGUCAUGACCAGCAACGGGUUUAAAGUAAAGGAACGAGAUCAUAUUGAGGCAUCCGAACGUACGGUACGCACUAUGCAAAGUGCAUUAAAUAAACUCACUGAAUCUAAUUUUGAUUUAAUUGUAAAAUCAGCCCUUUCGCCGGAUAUUAUUUUUGAAACGGAAGUAUUGACAUCUGUGGUUCAACUUAUUUAUGAAAAAGCAUUAUUGGAACCUGUUUUUGCUGGUUUAUAUGCACGAUUGUGUUAUACCAUUGUCCAGUAUGAAUUUGAGGUUCGUAAGAUUCCAGAAGGUCAAAGAGAUGCGAAGAGUGUUGUGCGAGUGGCAAUUGUGGAAAGAUGUCAACAGAUGUUUGACAGUGCGGCCAAAGAGGUGAUAGAUACAUUACCAGAGGAAGAAGCAGAGAAAUUACGAAAACGAAAUGUAAAUAACAUUAAGUUUGCAGGUGAAUUAUUUCUUAAAGGACUUAUUACGCAAAGGAUUAUCGAUCGCAUUUUAUCUGAAAAACUCAUUGGAAACGCUGCCAAUGAUAUGGAUCUUGAGGUGGUCGUUAAUCUCUUGGAAGUUGUAGGGAAAUUGUAUGAGGAAAAACAUCCACAAGCGCAGGCAUCACUGUGGGAAAUUCUUAGAAAGCUUCAAGAGAACAGAAAUCUUUCUAUGCGUAUACGGUUCUUAAUACAAAAUCUUAUUGACAGAAGAAAUAGUGGUUGGAAACCACGAGAAUCGGAAGCCAAUAUCUCUGCAGAAGCACGACAGGUUCCUCCACCACCACCAUUAUCUCAACAACAACAACAUCAUAAUAACAGUAAUAAUAAUAAUCAUCAUCAUAAUAACAACAGUAAUAACAAUAACAACAAUAACAAUAAUAAUAAUAAUAAUAAUAAUAAUAAUAAUAAUAAUAAUAAUAAUCAAUAUCAUCAUCAUCAUUCGCAUCAUCAGCAGCAAUCUCAACAUCAUAAUAAUAAUAAUCGAAAUAACGAUCAACUUCCACCACCAAUAGGGAGAAGAGCCACCAGUUAUCAGGAUGUAUCCAGUUCCUUUGGUGCUGCUGCUCGCCGGGCCACCAGUUAUUCAGACCUGGCGGGAUACGGAAGUUAUCCAAUGCCCCCACCGCCGCCUCCGCCUCCUCCACCGCAGUCUUCUUAUACAUCCGGUGAAGAUCAACUUUCACUAGAUGAGAGGAAAUUGGUGGCUCUUGCACAACCACCAGAGUCUCUUACAAAUGAGGUGCGGUGUAAAAUUACACGUAUUGCUCGUGAUGCUGUGGAGGAGGGAAUGACCAAUCGUGAAUGGAUGCGUGAGGAACUCGCAAAGGUACUAGGACCAAAUGAAAGUGAAAAUCAAAGUUGUAUGGCCAGUGUUUAUGUAAUUCUCCUUCGUGCGCUUAUGGAUACAAAGGAAAGUGAACGUAAACUCUUUGCCACUGCCUUAUCAAAGGGGGAGUGGGAACGCAGUAUUCUCUGCCGAGGUAUUGCCUGGUGUUUGACGAAGAUCAUCGCCGAUCGUGAUGUAAGUGAUUGUCCAAAUAUUUACGCCUAUUUUAUGGAUGUUGUAGUUGCCGUACCUGAAUUGGAUAUUGUCAGUGUGGCCCGAGAUGUAAUGGCUCGCACCGCUAACUAUUUGGAUGCCUUAAUGGUGGUAUACGACUGUACAGAUGAAUGGGAAGAAGACUUUAUUCUUGUCUGGGAUUCUCUUGCCGCUACUGUAAGGAGACCAGGUGAUAAUGUUACUGUUUCUGCAGUGAUGGAUGCGGUGGGUUCACUGCGGCUUGGUUCAUUUAUGAGGAAUAUUUUACCAGACUUUGUGGCGGCGAUGGUGCGUGAGGGGAUCUUCACAGAAGAGGAACUCCGCGUGUGGAGAGAGGCAAAUGAGUCUAAUCAGAAAAUGCGUGCCUUGUUAGAGGAACUCGCACAGCUAUAUCCGUAA